AUGAAGCGAUUGAGAAAAGGUCAACAUCCGUUGGGCACCACCACGAAAGAGGAUUCCGAUGAUGAGUAUGGUGGAGUUUUUGCAAGAAAUAAUAAUAAUACUAAUAAUACUGUGAACAGUACAACAACGAAAUUAAUUCCAUCAUCAGUGUUGCAGAAAAACAAACCAACCUCUUCAUCAGCAGCGAUGAAUCAUUUAAACAACCAAAAUGUAAAAACAGGAUCAUUACAACAAAAACUAAUGGCACCCUCAAAAAAGUAUGAAAGUACAUCAUCGGAGGAAUCUGAUUCUUCAGAAAAUGAUGACAGCGAUAUGGAAGAUCGCAGAGCAAGACUUCGGGCUCGACUCCUUCAAAAGCAAAAGGAGGAAGAAAAUAUUGGUAAUAACAACGGAACAUUGAACACUUUGGAUGCCAUGUUGCUUUCUGGAGCAUCAGGUAUAAAAAUUGAAAAUUCUAAACAAACACAAAUUGAACCUGUAGGAAACUUUAUUCGACCUCCACAACAAGAAAGUAGUGAGGAUGAAGAUUUGGAUUCUCUUGCAAGAGGAAAACGAGUGAAACCCAAUGAAUUCUCAAACAUUGAACCUAACAGAGAGAACGCAGAAGCUAAUCGAUCAUUACCUGCGGUCAAGCAAGAAAAAAUCGAAACUUCUCCUUCAACAGGUUUUUCCGCAAAUAAUAGAGCAAGUGCAUUUACAUCAGUGAAAAGAGAGUCAAGUAGCAGUGAUGAAAGCUCCAGCAGCGAAGAGGAGGAUAUAAGACCUGUAUUCAUUUCAAAAAAUCAAAGAAGUACUAUUAAAACUGAAGAGCAAUUGGAAGAGGAGGAAAAUCGACGACUAGAGCUUGAACGAAAGAAACAAGAACAAAAACGAGAAACAAGUGUUAAAAUGUUGGAAAAAGUUUUACAAGAUGAGGAGUUAAGCAAACGAAAAGUUGUCAAAGCUGACGAAGAAUUACUCAGUAUUGACGAUUCUGAUACGUUAGAUCCAGAAGCAGAAUUAAUGGCAUGGCUUGACAGAGAAUUCAAUAGAAUGAACAUUAUGAAAUCUCUUCGAGAAGAGGAGCAAAAAGAAGCUCAAAGAAAAGAAGAACAAUCUUCCCUAAAAGAACAUGCAAGAAAACAAGAGGAUGAGGAAAAGAAGAAGAUGCGAUUUGGUCAACGAUACUACCAUAAGGGUGCCUUUUUUAUGGAUAAUGAAGAGAUUGCUCAAAAAGCUGAGGCUGUUUAUAUGGAACCUGUGGGACGAGAUAUGGUUGAUUAUGAGUCCAUGCCAAAGUUUUACCAACGAAAAAAUCCGGGUAAAGCUCGACAAUCCAAGUAUACUCAUCUCAAAGACCAGGAUACAACAGAUUGGACGUCUCCCUGGUAUCAGAAAGAUCAAAAGUCAAAAAGGUGA